GUUCUGGGGUCAGGAACGACUGUCGGGAGCUACCCGGGCGGGGAGCCAUGGCGGAGUGCGGACGGCUGGGAGAGCCGGGCUCGGCCGUGCUGGAGCUGCCCCGCACGCCGCGGCUCGUGUGCGUGGAAUACCCGGGGCUGGUGCGGGACGUCGGGGCCAUGCUGCGGACGCUGGGAGGAGAGCAGGGGGUGUCGCGGAUCUAUGCGGACCCCGCCAAAAGGCUGGAGCUGUAUUUCCGCCCCAAGGACCCCUACUGCCAUCCCGUAUGUGCCAAUCGCUUCCCCACCUCCACCCUGCUUCUGAAGGUGAAGAGGAGGACCAAGAAGAAGAAGCAGUUGGAUACCAAAGAACAAAUCCAGCCUGAAGUCCAGUUUGAAAUGGAAAUUCUUGGGACUGUUGUGACUGUUUACAAAUUUCAAGGAAUGUCUGAUUUCCAGUACCUGGCAAUGCACUGUGGUUCUGAUGGAAAACAAACUUCUAUGUACAACAAAGUCCUAAUGCUCAAACCAGAGAAGGAAGAAUUUUUCAAUAGAGAGCUACCACUCUACAUCCCACCACCAAUUUUCUCACGUCUGGACACUCCCAUUGACUAUUUUUAUCGGCCAGAUAUACAACACCGGGAAGGAUACAACAAUCCCCAGGUGUCUGGUGAGAACCUGAUUGGCCUCAGCAGGGCCCGUCGCCCACACAACGCUAUCUUUGUGAACUUUGAUGACAAAGAGGUCCCUGCUAAACCACUGGAUGCUGCUGUACACACCUGGAAGAAAGUGUGCACAAAUCCUGUGGAUAAAAAGGUGGAGGAAGAGCUGAGAAAGCUCUUUGAAGUCCGUCCUGUCUGGUCUCGGAAUGCAGUGAAAGCCAAUAUCAGUGUCCACCCAGACAAGCUGAAACUUCUUUUGCCAUAUUUGGCCUAUUACAUGUUAACAGGUCCUUGGAGAAGCCUAUGGGUUAGGUUUGGGUAUGACCCCAGGAAACACCCUGAAGCAAAGAUUUAUCAAGUACUGGACUUCCGAAUUCGCUGUGGAAUGAAAUACGGUUAUGCCUCUAAUGACAUGCCUGUGAAAGCAAAACGCAGUACAUAUAACUACAAUUUGCCCAUCACCGUCAAGAAGCCUGUAAGUCACACAGUCAGUGUACAUGAUCUGAAACAGGGGCUAGGUACAUCCAGUGCCCCUGGUGCAAAAAAGACUGCCUCCAGUAGGUAUAAACUGAAGGAAUCCAUUUAUAUUUUCCAAGAAGGAGCUUUACCGCCUUAUCGGCAGAUGUUCUACCAGCUCUGUGAUUUGAAUGUGGAAAGGCUACAGAAAAUCAUCCAUCGUAAUGAUGGCACGGAGUCAGAAUGCACAGAGCGGGAUGGGUGGUGCGUUCCAAAGACUAGCGAUGAGCUGCGAGAUACCAUGUCUCUGAUGAUAAAGCAUAUAAUCAGAUCCACAAGACCUGCUCUUUUCGCAAAUAAAAGAAGCAGUGAAGAUAGCGAAGAGCAGCUGGCAUAUGAGUCUGCAGAGGAUGAGGAUGAUGAAGAGGAGGAAGAGGACUUCAAGCCUUCUGAUGGGAGUGAAAAUGAAAUGGAGACAGAAAUUCUGGACUACGUGUGAACUCAGGGAGCAGUCUGGCUGCUGCUAGACUAACACUGUCUCUGUCGUUGGACCCUGAGAGCUGAGGGUUCAGCAACCAUGCCCAGGAUGUGGGAAAGCAGAACUUGUACUAAAAGGAUGAUGAGCUUUCUGCACUGACUGCGGUGCUUGCUGAUGGCUGUCGUCCAUUCGUGAUGUUAGGGAGCAUUACCUGUAUUUUCAUAACUGCUGGCUAAUAAGUCCUCAAGUAAAGCUCAACAAACUCCUAAGACAGAGCCCAGAAUCCAAACCAGCUGGUAAUAUACCAGAAGAGAGGAGAGGUCACAUACCCAAAUGUUUCCAUGUGUAGGAAGUGCACUUUAACUGGCUUGGUGUCCACAUGGAAAACAGGGAAUGUACAUGAGGACAGAGCACUCAAGUCUUACUGGAGUCUCCAGGACAGGUGCUACCCUUCUGCUUGUCUAAGGGGAAUGAAAACCCUGGGCCAUGACUUGAGCAUCAGACCUCACUGGUGAUCUUGGAAAUAAAGCCAGCAGGAAAGAACACUUUCCGGCAGUGAGUAACUUCUUUGCACAAUAUGUAGUGUAUGCUGUCCUCACGAGCCAGUGUGCUUCUCAAGCCUGUUUUGACUUCUCUGGUAGUUAGCAGAGACAGAAGGAUGCAUGCAAUGGAGCAGAGCUUCAGGUCCACAGAGGCUGGCCACUUCUUAAAUCUGCCACUGCCAGCUGGAUUGGUACCACUCUAUCACAGAAAUUAAGGAUCUGCUGGCAUUUUCGGAGUCUUGUGUGUUACAAGUACAAGGUUUCUCAUUAGUUGCCUAUAAUACACUCUACUGCAUGUUCAGUGUGUUUUGAGACUCUUGCGCUUGUGUGAGGCUUCUCAAAGCUUCAGCUUUUAUGAUGUGCUCUGGAGUUUUGUUAGGCUGAACUAUUUCCUUAGGUUUGGCUUCCAGCCCACAAAAGCAGCAUGUGCAGGGCUCUCACACUGUGACACAUAGCUGUGCUGCUGGGUAUCUAGCAUAUGUAUGUACCUAUGCAUCUAUCCCCAUAGAAGCUGCAUUUGAGGA